GCCAGAUGCUUCCUGUAGACUUCCGGAGAGACAGAAAGUGCGGUGCCACUGGGAUCCAGAGGCACUGAUGGGAAGUAUGCAGAAGAUACAUAAAUCACAGAGUAUAUUCAUUUCAUUUGGCUUCAUGGGAUUCCACUGACAUCACUGCGGGUAACCAAGGUCUGCACCAGGACCCUCUCCCUUCUGCUCUCUGACGCCUUCGAGGUGCUGCCCAUCUAGACCAGGCCCUGCAGUAAUUUCACACACUCCCCUAAUAAAGUCCUCCGGGGCUGUCAUGUAUUUUCAUGUGUUUGCCCUAUUAUCCCUCCCUGCUUGAGUCUUACAGAUAAUUGAUGAUGCUUCAGUUAAUCAUCUUUCUCUCGCUUUUGUUCACCAGGUACCUUCGCCUUGAAGGGGCUCUUUUAUUGAGAAUCGAUGUCUUCUUCUGGGUAAUUGAUCACCAUAGACCCAGGGACACUUGACUCAUCGUUGAGGAAGAGUAAUCAUCAUGAAUAAUCAAAAAGCCGUAGCUACACUACUGCAAGAGUGCAAGCAAGUGCUGGACCGGCUCUUGUUGGAGGCGUCAGAUGUGUCGGAGGAGGACAAGAGCAAGGACCAGCAGUGCAGAGCUUCACUCCCCAGUGAAUUAAGGACCCUGAUCCAGGAGGCAAAGGAAAUGAAGUGGCCCUUCGUGCCUGAAAAGUGGCAGUACAAACAAGCUGUGAGCCCAGAGGACAAAACAAACCUGCAGGAUGUGAUUGGCGCCGGGUUGCAGCAGUUACUGGCGUCCUUGAAAGCCUCCAUCCUCGCCCGCGACUGCGCCACGGCUGCUGCCAUUGUGUUCUUAAGCGACCGGUUCCUGUACGGGCUCGACGUGUCGGGCAAGCUCCUGCAGGUCGCCAAAAGGCUCCACAAGUUGCAGCCGGGAACGCCAAUUGCCCCGCAGGUGGUCAUUCGCCAAGCCCGACUCUCGGUCAACGCAGGGAAACUUUUAAAAGCAGAAUAUAUCCUGAGCAGUCUAAUAAGCAACAACGGAGCAACAGAUAUCUUGUCUGAAAUUCUGGGCGUUAAAGACAACAAGUUUCCCAGUACCUGGCUGUACCGAAACGAAAGUGACAAGAUUCUGGUGCAGUCAGUGUGCAUACAGAUCAGAGGGCAAAUUCUGCAAAAGCUAGGGAUGUGGUACGAAGCAGCAGAGGUAAUAUGGGCCUCAAUCAUAGGGUAUUUGACCCUUCCUCAGCCAGAUAGAAAGGGUAUUUCCACAUCACUAGGUAUACUGGCAGAUAUCUUCGUUUCCAUGAGCAAAAAAGAUUAUGAGAAGUUUAAAAACAAUCCACAAAUUAACUUGGGUUUGCUGAAGGAGUUUGACCACCAUUUGCUCUCAGCUGCAGAAGCCUGCAAACUGGCAGCUGCCUUCAGUCCCUACACACCCCUCUUCGUGCUCACGGCUGUGAAUAUCCGUGGCACGUGCUUGUUGUCCUAUACUAGCUCUAAUGACUGUCCUCUGGAAAUGAAAAAUUCAUAUCUGUGUGAAGCCAAAGAGGCCUUUGAAAUUGGCCUCCUCACCAAGAGAUAUGAUGAACGAGUUAGUGGAAAACAAGAGCUUCACAGUCUUCUCAAAGCUGCUUUUGGCCUCACCACCGUGCACCAAAGACUGUAUGGGGAGACAGAGGUGGUCCGUACAGCAAGUCAGCUCUGUCAUGAAGCUAUGGGAAAGCUGUACAGUUUCAGUACUUCCUCUGAAAGUCAGGAGAGAGAAACUCUCUCUCAGGAGAUCAUGUCAGUUAUCACCCAGGUAAAGGAUCAUUUACAAAUUCAAAGCUUCUCAAACUUAGAUGACAAGUCUUAUGUUCCAGAGAGUUUCAAGCACGGGUUGGAUAAACCCAUCUUGCAUGGGCAAGUAGAUUUCCAAAAAAUCCUUGAAACCUAUUCACAGCACCACACUUCAGUGUGCGAAGUUUUUGAGGGCUCUUGUGGGAACAACAAAGAUAAACAGAAAGAUACGAAAACGGGAGUCUGUAUCACUACUCUAGAAACAGAGACAAAAAACAUAGAUACUGUGUGUACUACUGAAGACAAACCACAUUUUCAAAAAAGCAUCGUAAUAUCUUCCUCCCACAAGGCUAAGAAUGGUCAGGAGAAACUCAGGAGGAUAGCAAGGAAAAACUGGACCCGUUCUGAUGCCUUUCGAGUCUCCUUGGAUCAAGAUGGGGGAACUGAGGUUGAGUCAUCAGAUCACAGCCACGGUGAAGGAGCUGUUUUGAACAAGUCUCUGAGUGACAGCCAGUGCUCCAGUUCUUGGAGCGCAUUAUCGGUGGUUAGCUCUUCUACCAGCUGGGAGGAAGUGAAUUAUGUGGACGACAGGUCAACCAGAAAAGAGCCUUGCAAAGAAGUGCACCUUGUGGAUACUGAGUGUUCUGCUGCCCCGUCUGAAGACAUCAAUGAGGAAACCAGACCUGUACAUCCACUAUCUUCAGAGCUUCACGGUCUCUCUCUCCAAGUGUUCCAGGAUGACAACUUAGAGUCUUUGCAAAGUCAACGACACAGCCACGUGCCCUUGAAAACCUCCCAUCCUCAUAACACAACAGGCAUGUUCUCAGCGUCUGGGGCGGGGCUGUUAGAAGGAGUUCCAGAAGAUGUGCAGAAAGCCAGAAAUAGGGGAUCCAGAAAUACUUCUGCUCAUUCCAGACCCUCGUUUGGUUCUGCUUCUUUGUCCUCUUUUGAUGCUGGUUGGCCCAAGAACAUAGCCACAUACCCUUUGGUCCAAGAAGAAGAAACCUUUGAACUAAUUGAUGAAUUUCCAGAAAUCAACUAUGAUGCCGAAGACAGGCAUGGAGAGGAAAUCAAAAGAGGCACAGGCCUUACAUUUAAAGAAAGUUCCGCCUGGGUUGACCCGGAAGGAGAAACAGCAGAAAAAGAAGAGGAUAUGCCCUUAGACUCUGACAUAGUCAUGGAGGAUUCCCUGGGCCAACGUUCCAGGACAGCACGUAGCUUUUCCACUCUUCAUUGGCCUGUUCAAAAUCCUGACUCAGGAAAGAGCAGUGGCUCAGUCAAAGAGCAGGGCAUCAACCCUGAUGCCUCCACAGUGGAUGAGGAGGGCCAAUGGCUCGACAGCACAGAUGUUCACCCCACAAGCAGACGUGGCUCUUACAGCCUAUGUGCUCUGAGACAGUCGCGUGGUCAAUGGCCUGAAACCCCCAACUCCUCUGUAAGCAGUAACACUCCCUCCUCUGAUUUUAGCAAGGACUGCACUACCACAGAGGAGGGAAACAAACUAGGAAACAUGCUAAACUGCAGCCAGAACUCCACCUCGUCCUCGGCAGGGUGGUUGAAAUCACCAGCAUUUUCCAGCGGUUCUUCUGAGGGGGAAAACCCGCAGUCCUUUCUGAAUUCCAGUGGAAGUUCUUUUGUUUCAUUGCCGGGAAUGACAAGGCAAGAGAUCCUAGAGGCUCGAACCCUGCUCCCUGAUGACUUUGAAAAACUUUUGGCAGGGGUGAGACAUGAUUGGCUCCUACAGAGACUGGAGAAUACAGGAGUUUUUAAGCCCAAUCAACUGCACCAAGCAUACAAUGCUCUUUUAUUAAAAUAUUCUAAAAAAUCAGAAUUAUGGACAGCCCAGGAAACUGUUGUGUAUUUGGGGAACUACCUGAAUGUGAAGAAGAAAGGCAGACAAAGAAACGCUUUCUGGGUUCAUCAUCUUCAUCAAGAAGAAACUCUGGGGAGAUAUGUUGGGAAAGAAUAUAAGGAGCAGAAGGGGCUCUGGCACCACUUCGCUGAUGUGGAACGGCAAAUGACCGCACAGCACUACGUGACAGAAUUUAACAAGAGGCUUUAUGAACAAAAGAUCCCAACACAGAUAUUCUAUAUCCCGUCCACAGUAUUACUGAUUUUGGAAGGCAAGACAAUAAAGGGAUGUAUAAGUGUGGAACCUUAUAUCCUGGGAGAAUUUGUAAAAUUAUCAAAUAAUGCGAAAGUGGUUAAAACAGAAUACAAAGCUACAGAAUAUGGCUUGGCAUACGGCCAUUUUUCCUACGAGUUUUCUAAUCAUAGAGAUGUUGUGGUCGAUUUACAAGGUUGGGUGACUAGUAAUGGAAAAGGGCUUAUCUAUCUGACAGAUCCCCAGAUUCACUCUCUUGAUCAGAACGAUGUCACUACCAAUUUUGGAAAGAAGGGAAUUUUUUACUUCUUUAAUCACCAGCAUUUGAAAUGUAAUGAAAUAUGCCAUCGUCUUUCUUUGACAAGACCUUCAGCUGAGAAACCAAAUAAGUCAUAGACUAUCUGGCGUGGUAAUGGGAUGGGCUUGGUGCCACUCACGGGAGCUGGGUCUUCCUCUUCCCCCAGGCACACACAGUAUCAUGAAGCCUGGUCCCCUCAGACUUAGGCAGGGCUGUGGGACUACUUCUGGCCAAUGACUUGUGAGAGAAAUUAGUGACUAUCCAUUUCAGACCCAUAUUUAAUUGCCAGUGUGACUUGUUAUGGAGUUACUUCUGCCACAAUUACCAAGAAUAUGUCAGGAGACAGCUGCUUAUCGGCAUAAGUCCUACAAUGAGGGCAACACGGAAAAGGCCCCCAAGUGACCCAUCAUGGACACAAAACAGAUGAGAAAUAAACUUUUGUGUUUAAGCCAUUGA